AUGUCAUUUGAAAACAAAAACUUAUACGAUUUAUUAGGUAACGACGUGGAAGACGAUUCCACUCCACAAUUACCAAUCAGGGAAGUUGUUAAGAACACUUCAUCUUCUAAAAAGAAGGAUGUUGCUCCAGCCAAAGCUGAUCCAUCUAGAUCUAAAAACAAGCCAAAGCCAACUGGUAAUGAAGGUGCUUUAAAAUCUAGAAACAACAACAAAAACGUUGAAGCUCCAUCAUCUACUCCAUCCAAACACUAUAAAAGACCAUUUGACCGUCACUCCAGAUCCGGUAAAGCUGAUUCUGGUAAAAAAGUUAGACAAGGAUGGGGUGGUAAUGAUAAAUCCGAAUUACAAGAUGAAACCGAAGGUUUACAAGAUGCUGUUGAAGACUUAGAAGCUGAAUCCGGUGAAUCCACCACUGAAGCUGUUGCUCCAAAAAAAUCUUUAAAUGAUUAUUUUGCUGAAUUAAAAGUCAAACAACAAGAAUUAGAUGGUAGUAAAAACUUGAGAAAAGCUAACGAAGGUGCUGAAGAAAAAUGGUCUCAAGGUGAAGUUGUUGCUAAACAACAAGAAUCUUUUGUUGAAUCAAGUGUUGCUAAAAAGGCCAAACAAAAAUCUCAAAAGGAAAAAAAAUUUUUAGAUUUUGAAGCUACUUUUGCUGAUGAACAAAAACCUUUCAGAUCCGAAUCUGCUAGAGGUAACUUCAAGAGAGGUGGUAGAAGAGGUGGUGCCAAUGCUCAAGGUGGUAGAAAACCAUCUUCUAAAGCAACCACUGCCGAUAAAAAACCAUUGGAUGACAAAAACUUUCCAUCUUUAUAA